UGACAGCCCAAACUCAGAUCAUUUUACUCCUUUAAUACACACAUAUUAAUGUAGUGAGUCUUUAUUACUCAUCAGAUUUUAUUAGAGAAAAGAAGUGUAUUCUAAGAACAGUAUUUACAGUAUAUGGAGGGCUGUGUGAGUCGUCCUACACCACAGGGCUGGCUGCUGUGCUCACCAGCAGGUGAUCGCCCUUAUAUGGUACGAUCCUCCUGGUCAUGUGACUUCAAAAUGGUGGAAGCUGUGAGCUGUUUGUAGGCUGAGCAUCACCACCGGGAGGAGAAGUGGAACAGGAAAUAGGCAGGGAGUCACCAUCCAUGAUCUAAGACACUGAAGAUCAGAGACUCCCGAGCAGUGGUCCUCCAGGGGAUGGACCUGGUGCCAGACACGAAAAUGACUUCUGAGGCGAGCGAAAGUCGGCCAGCUCCGCCCACCUCGCUCCCCCUGCAGGGGGCGCCCAGCCAAAGGAAGAAGCUGUCGGCUCCUCGUAUCAGCCUGUCGCUGGACCAGAGCGAGGACGACUUGGGCGAGACGCCGGACGAUCUGGACAUUAACGUCGAUGAUCUUGACACCCCGGAUGAAGGGGAUUAUCUGGAUUACACAGACCAUGAAAUGGACUGGGACGAUCCCAACACGGCCAACGGGAGCAGGACCAGCGAGUCCAUCCCCACCUACGCCGCCGAGGAGGAGCGUCAGGAUGGGAAACUGUGGCGGACCGUCGUCAUCGGGGAGCAGGAACAUCGGAUCAACAUGAAGAUCAUUGAACCGUACAUGAGGGUCAUUUCGCACGGAGGUUACUACGGCAACGGCGCCAACGCCAUCAUAGUGUUUGCUGCCUGUUUCCUGCCUGAUAGCGACAGAGAAGACUACCACGAAAUUAUGGAGAACCUCUUUCUGUAUGUCAUCAGCACGCUGGAACUGAUGGUAGCAGAAGACUAUAUGAUUGUCUACUUGAAUGGAGCGACGCCACACAGACGGAUGCCGGGUCUGGGCUGGCUCAAGAAAUGCUACCAGAUGAUUGACAGAAGGCUCAGGAAGAACCUGAAGUCCUUCAUUAUUCUCCAUCCGUCGUGGUUCAUCAGGACAAUUCUAGCCAUCACCAAACCCUUCAUCAGCACCAAGUUCAGCAGCAAGAUCAAGUAUGUUAACAGUUUGGACGAGCUGCGAGACCUCAUCCCGAUGGAAUACAUCCAGAUCCCUGAGUGCAUCAUUAGCCUCGACAAGGAGCUGAAGGAGUCGGCGGAGAACUCAAAAAUGAAUAGUUUCCUGUAUGGCCCUGAACCUCCGGCUGCAGGGAGGACAAGAGUGAGUGAAGCCGGAGGCUCUUAGGACCCUCAGUGGUCUCCUGCUGGCCACUCCGGAGAGCUGACUGGUGAAGCAGUUGUGUGUGUUUGUCACAUAAGUAGACACAGGAGUUUAAUACAAAAACACAUUGAUACACUGAAGAAUUAAAUCUCAGAUCGGCAGCACACUCACCUGCAAUCUGGACUGGUGAACAGUGGAGUGUGAUGCUCGUCAGCCCCGACGGAGCAGCAUCAUUGUUCACGGCUGCUGUACGAAACGCAAUUACACACUAGAGAGCCGCUGAGCAAAUCCAUUUGUCGACAGUAUCGUCGCAUAGUUGAGUGCAUGAGAAGCAGUCAAGCAAUAAUCGCGUCAUUUACUGGUUUCACAGCCGCACUCUUUUAGAUUAAGAGGCAACUUGAAACAAUAAAAGCACCCAUGUGGCCAGAAAGCAACCUGGAACUACUUCAGCCAACACUCCUGUCUUUAAACUCAGUGUCAGUGAAACUUCCAGGCCUGUAUCUUAGCAUCACAAGGACGUGUGGACUGACUGAAUCAUUUGCUUCUACUUGAGAAAAAAAUGCUUUCUUUUUCUAAAUGUCAACAUCUAUUUUUGUUUUUAUUUAUUAUGUCACAAUGUUAAUUAAGCAAAACACCAAUUUAAUAUAUAAAUAAACAAAUAAAAGAAACAUGAAGUUUAUUUUUGAAAGUGUAAUAUGCAGAUUUGAAUAAUAAAAUAAUUUCUCUUCAUAUAAAUUGAGUUAGUUUAUUGUAGAAUAAAUCAGAUUUGUAUCAGUUAAGUUAAAAAGAUGAAAAAUGCUGAGAAGCUCGAUCUAGUUCAGGAAACUAUAUAAUAUAUAUAAUAAAAUAAUAUCUAGAAUGAAAUAUUUAUGCCAAUUGAAAGUUGGGUUUGAUUAUGAGGAAAGUGACUAAAUCAGAUGUUGUAAAAACCUAGAUUAAUAUAUAGUGAUGUAAAGUAAGUCUUUCACUAUAUAUAUAUAUAUAUAUAUAUAAAGGGAACUACCCAAGUGAAUCCAUGAUUCUGUGACGUUGAAGGGAGAAAGGUAGCAGGGUUCAUUUUUUUUAAAUAUUUAGCAAAUCUGAAGUGCUUUUUCUCCAGUGAAGACCAAGAGAAUCAGGGAGAAUUAAGUUCACUGCAGGAUCUACGUGAAGCUCUCGAUCUGAAGAUGUAUUUUUGUCACGUCAUUGCCAGUUUAGCUGUUAAAUUAUCAAGCGGUGCCAUUAGACAAAAAUCCCAGAAUAGUCUCUGUAAAGCACAAUGUUGUACUUGUGUGUGCGUCUGUGCAUCAGUGCAUGUCAUGUAACUUCCAAGGCACUUCUGACGACUCUGGAAAGUGCAGAAGAAAACCUGUCUAGUCAUGAAAUAAAGACAGAA